AACGCAAACGAAAACAAGUGCGCGUCGGAUUGCGGCAGCCCGUGAGUGAGUUUCAUCAGAUUCUUUCGAUUCCGCGCGUGUGCCCGACUAAACUCGAAAAUGCUGCUCCGAAAUGUUGAACUGGAAAAGGCCGCCUGCAUGUUCGUGAAUUGGUACGGGCAGUUGAAGAAAAACACGAUAAAAUCAUUUGUCAUUCCGAUUCCGGACGAUGUUCUGGCGUACCUCCGGCAGGACCUGGUAAUCCUUCCCAAAGAAUGCUCCACCCUGCAUUCGUCCGAAGACACCAAAACCAAGCAUUUCAACUCGUACGAUGACCAGUUCAGCGAUGACGACGAAGAUGAGGAACUGCCGGAAUUUCCGGAGUUCAGCAAAAAGUUGGCCGAUGCUAUCGAGAAACUGGGUGGAUCGGCGUUCGUGAAAGGUGACUGGCACUGUCCCAAGGAUGCCCAGUGGAUCACACUGGGGCAGUCGCUUUGCGUGAAGGACAUCACGGACGUCUAUCAGCUGCUGAAGGCUUCAAGCUUUUGCAAGGAGGACUUUGCGGAACGGUCGCCCGCUAAUAGCAGCGGCUAUCACAUCAUACUCAAGAAGUGGCGUGACAUUCAUCCUGGAUCGGAAUUCCGCUGCUUUGUGAAGAAUAAAUCGCUGGUAGCAAUUUCGCCUCGGCAUUGGCCCUCGUACCAUGAACAUAUUGCAGUGGAACGGAGCGAUAUUGUUAGCGAUAUAGUUUCUUUGUACAAGGAGAAGAUUAAGGAUAGUUUCCCGUUGAAAGAUUAUGUCUUCGACGUGUACCGACCGACGAAGGACCACGUGGUCGUACUGGACUUCUACCUCUACGGGAAGAACCAUUCUGACAGUUUGGCCUUUGACUACGACCAGCUAGAUGCGGAAGCGGCGACGGCCACCAUCGAAGAGGAAGAUGAUCCCGAGUUUCGAUACCUGCCGGAGGAUUGUGGCAUACAACCCAACCGGCGGAACAACUACGGUUUCCCACAGGACGUUAUCGAUAUGUUUCAAGUCACGACCGAAGGGCCAUCCACUUCAUCGUCGUCCACCAACGGUGCCAACGCGGAAAACGACAGCAGUAAUCUGAUCAACCGAUUGAUGGAAGAGUGGCAAGUGCAGUCCAAGGAGGACGACGAUGAUGAUGUUGAUAAUCAGCAGCAGUGAAUUUGUACAAUAUAAUAAAUAAGUCCAAGUAUAA